AUGUCUUCAACAUCACCGGAGGAAUCUCCGCCCUCGGAUUCCGGUCAAUCUUCAAAUUCUCCACCACCGCCGCCGUCUGACUCGUCGUCAUCCUCCACCUCACCUCCGCCACCUUCCGACAACUCAUCUUCAUCCACACCACCACCACCUCCACCUCCAUCUCAGUCGUCAUCUUCACCUCCACCACCUUCCGACGAUUCAUCACCGCCACCCCCUCCUCCACCUAAAAGCCCGCCCCCUCCUCCACCCCCGGACAAAAACUCAUCACCUCCCAACGGCAACAACAACAACAACAACGACGACAACGACAACGACAAUGACAACGACAACGGUAACAACAACAACAAUAACAAGAAAUAUCCACCUCCGCCGUCAAAUGGAAACUCCGGCCGGCAUCCGCCGCCGCCGCCGCGACUGCCUUCUUCUGGAUCGUCGCAGUCGUCGAAUGACGAUCAGAAGGCCGUAAUCGCCGGAGCGGCUGCCGGCGCGGGAUUGCUGCUGCUAAUCAUGAUCGUGUUCUUGGUGUCGUGUGGUAAGAGGAAGAAGCGGAAACAUCGGGAUCAUAUGAACUUCUAUACGGAUAACUCCCAUGGAAAUCGAAGUACAUAUUCCCAUGCAGAUUCCGACUACUACGACAUGCCUCCCCACAACAACUGGCAGCACAGCGGCAACCUCUCCGGCGGGAUGGCGAAACCCUCCCCUCCGCCGCCGGGGAGCGCCGGAGUGAGCUCCGAGCACAACUGGAUGGUGGGGCCACCCCCGCCUCCACCUAUGAUGAGCAGCAGCGAGAUGAGCUCCGCCGGCUUCUCCGGCCCGCACCAAGCCGCCCUGCCGCCGCCGCACCCGGCGGUGGCCCUCGGGUUCAACCAGAGCAGCUUCACGUACAACGACCUGGCCGCGGCCACGGGCGGCUUCGCGCAGCAGUACCUGCUCGGGCAGGGCGGGUUCGGGUACGUGCACAAGGGGGUGCUGCCCAACGGGAAGGAAAUAGCCGUUAAAAGCUUGAAGGCCAACAGCGGGCAGGGGGAGCGUGAGUUUCAGGCGGAGGUUGAUAUUAUCAGCCGGGUCCACCACCGCCACCUGGUGUCGCUCGUCGGGUACUGCAUCGCCGGAGCUCAGAGGAUGCUGGUUUAUGAAUACGUGUCCAAUGGAACCCUUGAGUAUCACCUUCAUGGAGCUGGUCGGCCGGUAAUGGAUUGGACAACCAGGCUUAAAAUUGCUUUGGGUUCAGCCAAAGGAUUUGCUUAUCUUCAUGAAGACUGUCAUCCUCGCAUUAUCCACAGAGAUAUCAAAACUGCAAAUAUUUUGCUUGAUGACAAUUUUGAAGCAAAGGUUGCUGAUUUUGGAUUGGCUAAGCUCUCUUCGGACAACAACACUCAUGUCUCUACUCGAAUAAUGGGAACAUUCGGAUAUUUGGCGCCGGAGUAUGCAUCAAGCGGAAAGCUCACAGAAAAAUCCGAUGUUUACUCGUACGGAAUUAUGCUUUUAGAGCUUAUAACCGGACGACGCCCUAUUGACAUCAGCAGGGAUGAUGAUGACGACACCCUAGUUGACUGGGCUAGGCCAAUUAUGAUAAAAGUGGCAGAAGGAGGAAGUUAUGAAGAGUUUGUUGAUCCACGCCUAGAGGGCAAUUUUGAUCCACAUGAGAUGCUGCGCAUGAUAUACUCUGCCGCCGCGUGCGUUAGACAAUCUGCAAGGAGACGCCCUAAAAUGAGCCAGGUUGUGCGUGCUCUAGAAGGCGAUGUCUCUCUCGACGACCUAAGUGAGGGGGUGAAGCCGUUGCUCACUUCGAGCGGCUCCGAUUACGAUUUGAAAAGAUACAACAGAAACGGUGGGCCCAUGUCGAGCCAAGAGUUCACCAGCAGCGAGUACACCCACUCGAGCGGUGGAAACUCACAAGAAAUUAACCGAUCCAACCCGGCCAACCGCGUCGGCCGAACCCCUUGAUUUUAUAUGUUACUCUAGUAUUGAACGACCAUAAAUUAUUGCAAUUGAUUGAAGAUAAAUCCUUAUAUGUUUCAACACACAUUGUUUGAUUUCGGUUCGAUUUUUAAUUUUUUUUUUACGUUAAGUUUUGGGGUUUGAUCGACUCGUACGAAAUUUUUUCGGUAUGUGUUGUAAGAAUCUUAUACUUGAUAUAAAAUAUUGAAGAUGAUGGUUUAUAU